AUGUCUGCCCCUUACCCUAACUUGGGCGCUCUGGCAUCCACUCACGACGCAUCGUUUCUAAACCAAGGUGGCCCAGCAUCUUUUACAUACACCGAGUACGACAUCAUGGAUGGACUCAAUGAAUGUCGCAGAGCUCGAGUGGCGGAGCUUCUGGACGAUUUUCGCACCUUGCAGCACCACAUUACAGAUGCGCCGUCUUAUCCCGGGUACGGAGACGACUUCUACUCGGAUGGAUGGACAACUUUGCGGCAAUGUGCCGUCGAUGGCCGCCACAUCCUCGAAUGUGCCGCUGACACCAGGGUGCCCGUAGCCAACGGAGGACAAGAAGAGCAAACAAAGGCAGAACUGAAGCAGGUCCUGCUAGAUGCCUUCUCAAGGCGGCACGAGGCACAGAAAAUCUUCAUGAGACAGGGUGCUGCUAAGCGCUGGCUGUCGUAUCGAGACAUUGUUCUUCAAAACCAACAUUCUCACCCAGCUAUUCAACUUCAACAGCAGUUGGAUGCCUGUGAUGACGAGCUACGUGCUGAACUCGCCUCAAUCACUGACGAAAGCGUGUACAAUGAAUUGGCGGCUUCAGACUAUGCCAGAGGGCGCUGGACCGACGAGGAUCCGAGUUUGAGGAGUGUCCUACGCUGGCUGAGGGCACGACAACAAUAG